UUCCUUCGCCGCCUCUCCAAUCGCAGCUCGACUCGGCAUCUCCGAUACUCUCGGUCUCGCUGCUCUCCGCGCUCCCUUCCUCGAGUCCACCCCUCGGGAUCGCGAUCGGUCUUCGGGCCGCGGGAUUCAGGUCCGCGGAUCUGAGAGGCGGGUUCCUUUCCCCAAGAUCUGGAUUCUUGGACGAAUCGGCCGGCCGAAUUUGUUCUUCUUCGGGCAUGAAUUGAUACGAGGAUCUUUGUGGAUUGGGUUCCCUGAUUCAUGUUUAUGCAGAUCAAUAAAGAUGACCAGUAUGUUGGCAAAAAGUGACAGAAAAGAAAGAGCAUUCAGACCAAUGUGGAACUGUCUAAGAUGGUCAUAUAGGUACUGCUUCGUUUUCAUGGGGUGACAACUGGGCAAGAUGCUCUUUCAUUUCAUAUUUUUGGAAGAUGGAGAUGACAGGUGAUUCAGCACUAUCUGAACAAGGGACUUCUAGUUCCACUUGGUGGUCCUCAGACUUUGUAGAAAGCUUUGAGUCUGUUUCUUUGGAUCCACGAGAAGAGACUGCAUGCAAUAUUGGUAAAGCUGAACUCUCAUGUCAUACUGCUUCACAGAUAUUGUGGUCCACUGGAACAUUUUCUGGAUCAAUACCGAAUGGGUUUUAUUCUGUCAUUCCAGAUAAAAAGCUUAAGGAGCUUUAUGAGACUAUCCCAUCACCAGAUGACAUUUAUUCUCUUGGUAUGGAGGGAUUUAAGGCUGAUAUCAUUCUUGUGGAUGCGGAGAAAGACAAGAAGCUUUGUAUGUUGAAGCAGUUGAGUGCAGCCAUGGUGAAAGGAUUGCACAGUAAUCCUGCUUUCCUAAUUAAAAAAAUUGCUGGUUUGGUUUUUGAUGCCUAUAAACGCCCGACUUCAGAGUUAAGUCCUGCAAAAGCUGCAGCAGAGGAUAUUUCUCACUGGAUGGAUAAUAAAGGCGUCCAACUUUUGGGGCAGAUUAGGCAUGGAUCAUGUCGACCUAGAGCAAUUUUGUUUAAAGUUCUUGCCGAUUCUGUCGGUCUUGAGAGUAAACUUGUAGUGGGCCUACCUAGUGAUGGUGGUGUUGAAUGUGCAGAUUCUUACAAGCAUAUGUCUGUGGUAGUUACUCUGAAUUCUGUGGAAUUGCUUGUUGAUCUGAUGCGCUUCCCUGGGCAAUUAAUCCCAUUUUCCACCAAAGCUAUAUUUAUAUCCCACAUUUCUGCAGCAGGGGAGAGUGACUCUGCUGAGAAUGACUCUUGUGAUUCUCCCCUCGAACCCAAUAGUCCACUAUACGGGCUUCCUGACAAAUUGGAAGCUGAAGGCAGUCCUGAGCAAGAUGAAAAUCCCCAGUCUUUGUAUCAGAGAAGAGUUGAUGCAUCAUCUAAUCUAACUGGUCCAACACUACGUAAUAUUAUGCUGAGAUCUACAACUUUUACUGAAAGAAAGUUAAGUGCAUCUCAUAGUGAACCAAACAUCGCAAAUGCUAUUGGGAGGCACAGCCACAGGAAGGCUGUUGCGGGACAACUGCGCACUGCUAGUUCAAGUCCAGAGCAUCCCCUCUCUAGAGCACGGGGGCGUUCCAUACUUAGUGGCGACAGGCAGUUAUUUAGAGAAUAUACGGAUGGUGUAGCUGCAUCAAGAUCUGAUGGCGCAUCAACUUCUGAUGUUCCUAGGAUACGAAGAAGAAGCAUCAGCAUUACGCCUGAAAUUGGUGAUGAUAUUGUGAGGGCUGUUCGAGCAAUGAAUGAAACUCUGAAGCAAAAUCGUCUCCUACGGGAUCGUGGUGAUGAAAGUUCAUGUUUGUUCUCCACAAAAGACAAGAAUCAGUUGAAUGAUCCACCAAAUAAUGAUGAAGCACCUUUUCAACAUUCUGGGGCAUAUAAUAGCUUAAGAAAACAGUCAGGUUCCAAUCAGAAGGCUAUAUCAUUGCCUUCCUCUCCCCAUGAGUAUAGUAGUACGAGUACUGAGAGAAAUGGAGAUUCUUCAAGAGCAGAAGACAUGGUUUUAACAUGGAACAAAGUUUUGCAGUCAUCAUCAUUUCUUAAUAAGCCUUUGUUACCUUUUGAAGAAUGGAACAUUGAUUUCUCAGAAUUAACUGUCGGCACACGUGUUGGAAUAGGUUUCUUUGGUGAAGUUUUCCGUGGGAUCUGGAAUGGUACUGAUGUUGCAAUAAAAGUCUUUCUGGAACAAGAUCUGACAACGGAAAACAUGGAAGAUUUUUGCAAUGAGAUCUACAUUCUAAGCCGUCUUCGACAUCCAAAUGUCAUUUUAUUUCUCGGUGCAUGCAUGAGGCCUCCUCACCUGUCGAUGGUAACUGAAUAUAUGGAGAUGGGAUCUUUGUAUUAUCUUAUGCAUAUGAGUGGCCAGAAAAAAAAGCUGAGCUGGCGUAAGAGAUUAAAAAUGCUUCGUGACAUAUGCAGAGGAUUAAUGUGCAUACAUCGAAUGAAAAUAGUCCAUCGUGAUCUUAAAAGUGCAAACUGUCUUGUGGAUAAACACUCGACAGUUAAGAUAUGUGAUUUUGGGCUUUCUCGAGUCAUGAUAGAUGGUCCCUUGAGAGAUAACUCAUCUGCUGGCACCCCAGAAUGGAUGGCUCCUGAACUCAUACGCAAUGAACCAUUUACAGAAAAAUGCGACAUUUUCAGCCUUGGUGUCAUAAUAUGGGAGCUUUGCACUCUCAAUAGGCCAUGGGAAGGCAUUCCUUCUGUUCAAGUGAUAUAUGCAGUUGCCAAUGAAGGAACACGUCUGGAGAUUCCUGAAGGUCCUCUUGGCAAGCUAAUCUCAGAUUGUUGGGCAGAACCACAUGAACGACCAAGCUGUCAGGAAAUCCUCGCCCGCCUGCUCGACUGUGAGUACACCUUGUCUUGAUCUUUACAUCGUAGCAUCACGUGUACAGCAAGCCCAACUGUUUCCAUUGUUGUAGAUCUUCUUCUUCUUGUUCUUUUGGUGUAACCAUGUAAUACAAAAUUUUCAAGCAUCCUCCAAGUGCAAAUUUUUGUGUCAUUGUCUGUUAAAGAAUGAGCACCAAGUGUUUCUUGAAAUAUAUAAAUGUACCGAGGGUGUGAGGCACGGCUGUUACCGUAUUGGACUUUAUUUUUGUUGCAAGGAAUUAAGCUUGGUGACUUGUAUGGCCUC